GGCCUGAAAGGCCUACAUCAGAGGAUACCCUGAGAAUUUUCCCAACAAUGACAUCACUAAUUAUGAUGUAAUCUGGUGACCUGGGCUUUCUAGAUAUUGCAAACCCUUAUCCUGUGUUAGGGUACAUUUGGGAUAUUGUUUUUGAAAUGGCUCCCCUUUUCCUAAAUUUUGUAACAAGACUGAUUUAUUCAAUUAAUUAAUAUUUCUUGAGUGUCUGCUAUAUACAAGGCAGCUGGGAAUUCAGUGGUGAAAAAAAACCAGACAAAAUCCCUUAUUCUAGUUGGUGGGGGGUGGGGGUGACAGACAAUAACCAAAAUGAGCAUUAAGAGCAAAAGCAGGGUGGCAGUGCUAGGGUGGCCUUGGCAGAGCUUCCUGAGAGGGUGACAUCUGAAUGAAGACCUGCAGGAGGUGAGGGAGAGAGCCACGUGUUUGUCAGGGGAACAGCAGGUGCGGGGGACUGGAGGCAGAUGUGUGAAGAGUUAGAUUGGGGUCAGCAGGCUGCAGUCCAGUCCAGUCCCCAGCUUGUUGGAUUGGAAUACAGCCGUGCUCAUUCAUGUUUGUAUCGUCCAUGGCUGCCUUUGCAGCACAGCAGUAGAGCUGAGUCACGGCUUUGAAGACUGUGUUGCCCAAAAAGCUGAAUGAAAGGAGCUCUAGGCUGUGGAUGUGAGAAGGGGAGCAAGAGAGGCAGAUGGCGACAAGGAACAGCCCCAUGGCCCUGGGCACGGCUCAGGGUGACCCUGGAGAGGCAGGAACACGGCCAGGCUCUGACGCCGGCCUCCGGGACACAGGUGCGGCCACUCAGCUCAAGAUGAAGCCCAGGAAGGUGCGCAAGAUCAAGGCGGUUGUCAUCGACCUGGGCUCUCAGUACUGCAAGUGCGGCUACGCGGGAGAGCCGAGGCCCACCUACUUCAUCUCCUCCACCGUGGGAAAACGCUGCCCCGAGGCGGCCGACGCUGGCGACACCCGCAAGGGGACCCUGGUGGGCCAUGAGCUGCUCAACACGGAGACACCUCUCAAGCUGGUGAACCCGCUGAAGCACGGCAUCGUGGUGGACUGGGACUGCGUGCAGGACAUCUGGGAGUACAUCUUCCGCACGGCCAUGAAGAUCCUGCCCGAGGAGCACGCUGUGCUGGUCUCCGACCCUCCGCUCAGCCCCAGCAGCAACCGGGAGAAGUACGCAGAGCUCAUGUUCGAGACCUUCGGCAUCCCCGCUAUGCACGUGACGUCCCAGUCGUUGCUGUCCAUCUACUCGUACGGCAAGACCUCGGGGCUGGUGGUGGAGAGCGGGCACGGCGUCUCGCACGUGGUGCCCAUCUCUGAGGGCGACGUGCUGCCGGGCCUGACCAGCCGCGCCGACUAUGCUGGGGGUGACCUCACCAACUACCUGAUGCAGCUGCUCAAUGAGGCGGGCCACGCAUUCACAGACGACCACCUGCACAUCAUAGAGCACAUCAAGAAGAAGUGCUGCUAUGCGGCCUUCCUGCCCGAGGAGGAGCUCGGCCUGGUCCCGGAGGAGCUGCGCGUGGACUACGAGCUCCCGGACGGCAAGCUCAUCACCAUUGGCCAGGAGCGCUUCCGCUGCUCUGAGAUGCUCUUCCAGCCCUCCCUGGCGGGCAGCACCCAGCCAGGCCUCCCAGAGCUCACGGCUGCCUGCCUGGGCCGCUGCCAGGACACGGGCUUCAAGGAGGAGAUGGCCGCCAACGUGCUGCUGUGUGGCGGCUGCACCAUGUUGGAUGGUUUCCCCGAGCGCUUCCAGAGGGAGCUGAGCCUCCUCUGCCCCGGGGACAGCCCUGCGGUGGCUGCAGCUCCUGAGAGGAAGACCUCCGUGUGGACCGGCGGCUCCAUCCUGGCCUCCCUGCAGGCCUUCCAACAGCUCUGGGUCAGCAAGGAAGAGUUUCAGGAGCGGGGCAGCAUGGCCAUCUACAGCAAGUGCUGAGCCUGGGCAUCUCCACAGACAAGGCCCCCAGCAUAGGUGGCCGCAGGCCACUCUGUACACAUUUACAGAAUUUCACAUAAAGCUUUACUCUGAAAUGA